AUGCAGCUGCAAUCACCUUCGUUGCCGUUUGCUGUCUUUUACUUAGAGCCUUCCACCAGCUUGCAGAAGUUGGGGAACAGGUAUCACAGGCCAUUGCCAAGCAACUUCUUUAUCGCCAUAUCAUUGGUCGACAUGCUCUUAUCGGACCGUGGACGCUGGCGUUUGGGUUGGCUCAAAUGGCGUUCUUGGGGGUGA